ACCUCGAUCCUGAUUGGUCGAACGUCUAUCCUCGCCGAGCGUGUGAGCGUGUUUACAUGAGACAACUCGUGCAGGCAGAAGUCCGCUUCAGUACUCGUCCAAUUCACAUUGAUUUUCUCUGAAAACUAUGUGAGUUAAACAGUCGUCAAGAAGUUGGAUACUUUUUUCACAAGCCCCUGCCUACUGUACGAGUUGGGGGAUAGUUCAAGCGGCUUGUCAGAGAUAUAUCCCUUUACACAGGCUUUAUCACAGUGACGACGACACAGUUGUGCAACUGUCAGUGCCAAUUUGGACUGUGAGAGUGUGCGAAUGUCACCGGAUUAUAGUUGACCGGCAAUGUGGAUAGCCAACCAAACAAGAUGUUGACACACCUAGCCAUCCUCUGUUGCUGCGUCAUUUAUACAGCACAAUUGGAGAAGAAAUAUGAGGCAAAAGGUGUGGAACCUCGGUUUAAUGUUGUGGCGAAGAACGUGACUGUGGUGACUGGACAGACAGCCGUUCUACCCUGCUCCGUGGACUUCCUUGGGGAGUUUAAGGUUGUAUGGUUAGACCACAGAGCAAAACUGCUGACAUUUGAAGAUCGUAGAAUCAUUGCUGAUGAAAGGAUAAGCUUAGAGAGACCUUAUGUGAAGGAAUGGAACCUACACAUCCGCAACGUGAAGCCCUCCGAUCAGGGAACCUACUCCUGCCAGAUCAACACCGAUCCUGUGCAAGUUCGUCCAAUCAGGCUUCAUGUUCAUGUGCCAGCACGGAUUAAUCGUCAACUGUCUACAGAUGACAUCACGGCCAAAGAAGGGGAAACAGUGUCCCUCGUGUGUAACGCGACAGGUGUCCCCUCGCCCACAGUCACGUGGUUCCGCAUACUCUCAGGGAUACGGGAUAAAUCUGAAGCUGGCAAAGAACGUAUUGGAGUGGAGGGCGAGGUGCUGCUGAUCUAUAACGUUACACGCUACUGUGACGACGUGUAUGAAUGUGUGGCCUUUAACAACGUCCCUCCAGCCGACAGCAAGAGGAUGAGAGUGAAUGUUGAAUUUCCUCCUGAAAUCCGACUCCCUAAUAAAAAGAUUGGCCAGAGUAGAGGCAAGGAGACUAUAUUAGAGUGUAUAGUGCAAGCAUACCCUAUAGGAGUGACAGAGUGGAAGAGGAAUGGGAAAAAGAUAGACCAGAGUUGGAAGUAUCGGUCCGAGGUGUAUGAAGAUGAUCGUAUCACAAUAACAUUGAGUCUGCGAAUCAUGGACAUUGGGGAGGAGGAUUAUGGGAUGUACACAUGUGAAGCUGAAAACCUUUUGGGUGGAGAUGCAGAAGAGAUGCAGCUUUAUGAAUAUCCCAAGUAUAUACCACCUACAUCUACUCCCAGACCUACAACUACUCAUUUGAUAAACAAUGAAAGUGAUAAACCCUUCAUCCCCCCAACAUACAAGACAGUGGCACCACGCACGGAAUCUCCUCCAUAUGAAAUAGACAAGUGGAACUUGGAGAAAGACAAAGGAUAUGGUGUGCCAGGGAAGGUGUAUGUUCCAGGGAGUGGUGCAGGAUGCCAGCCCAAGACAGGUGUUUGGUGGGGGGUUGUUGCUGUGUGUGUGCUGGUGCUGAGGAGGUGAUGAUGUACACCACAGGACUCCAGAGAUUCUGGGGCUCAACCAACAACUUACCACCAGGCUUUAAACUUACAUGCUCACUACUGGCUGUGGACAAUGUUCAGCUCUUAUUGUUACCGAACUCGGAAAAUGAUUGCCAAGUGCCCGGUACUCUUGUCAAUCUAUGAAAUAGAUCACACAUGCACAAAUAAGUAUAUUAUCAUAUGUUGAUUUGAGUGAUUCAAGUCAAAUAGAUGGUAGUGUGUGUCCUUCAUUGUCAAACAUCAAACAUUGAAUGGUACAUAAUUAUUCAAGCAUGAUUUGUACGUUCAUUAAGCAUUGCAUAAUGGAAUUUUCUGCUGAUGUGAUUGUGAUGUGAAAGCCAUGCAGUGUUGAUCAUUUUGCAUGACUUUUAGUCCCAGAAUAUUGGAGGUUGAGGAGAGUGUUGAGGAACGUACAUGCAUGGAUCAGGGCAAGUUGUGGCUCUGAUCUUCCCCAAAGCUGCUAUGUUGACUCUUGGAAUACGGCCAUCUUGACAGGUCCUCGUUUGCAGGUUUCUAAUGGCUGCUGAGGCUGACUAACGACAUGGAGCAUCUGCUGACAUCAAAGUGUUGGGGGGGACAAUGUCUCUAGUUCUGUAAUGCAAUUAAACCAUCCAAAGGUUAGGAAUGAUGUUGUCUCCAGAUCUGAAAAGCAGUGAAACCAUCCAAAGGUUAGAAAAUGAUGUUGUCUCCAGUUCUGGAAAGCAAUGAAACAGCCUGAAGUGUAUGGAGACAAUGUCUCUUGCUCUUUAAAGCAAUGUGUAUGAUAGGCAGGAUAUCUAGCUGCAUGAAACAAUCCAAAGUGCAGGGAUGAUGUUACCUCCAGUUCUGGAAAGCAGUGAAAUAGUCUGAGGUGUACGGGACAGUGUCUCUGGUUUCAUAAAGCAAUGGGACAGUCUUACCUGUGAAAGUGAACUGCUCUAUUCCACAGCAGAUUCCUGUGCAUAUAUCUUUGUGCAAAUAUCUACAAAAUUAUUUUAUGGUUAUGAUCUGAUGAGAACACAAAUUAGUCCUCAACACACAGAAUCAAGAUGGUGAAUAUUGCAGUAGCUGCAGUGAUGCAUCCUGGACACCCAUAAUCAUAGUGUUUCAACGUGAAUGCUUUAGAGGACUGAUGCAGUUUGUGACUUUCAAGCCUAACAGAAUCAUAGGACUAUUUUCUGCAUGAAUCAAGGAAUACAUCUGUAUGUUUUAUCAGUGGAAAAAAGCUGACAAUUAUGAAUAACAUGACACAUGUAUAUAGAACCGUGGUCACAUUGUCUGUGUAUAUAUCUCAAUAUGGCAGAGACAUAGAUAGAUCCAGCAUAAUAUCAAAUAUGGACUUCAAACGCUUCAUUGUAUCUUCUUCUGUGUGUCAUCGCUUGAUGCCAUGUGUGUGACAUGACCUAUUGCCAUGCUCUAUGAAAUUACCUUUGUCAUGCUGUGUGACAUGACCUAUUGCUACUAUUUGUAUCACAACUUAUUGCCAGGCUUUAUGACAUGACCUAUUGUCAUGUGAGCUCUCUAGAUUGUAUACCGACUCAGCUGCAGAUGCGAAUGGAACAAUAUCUCUAACAUCAAAUUUGGCCCACAUAGCAAAGACCUGGGAAUAAGAGUUGUCUCCCUUUGCAAGUCAAAGUUAUAUUAUCAAUGCUGGCUGACAACCAAAA